AUGAGCCAACUGUUUGAGAUCUACCUUAUUUUUUACCAAGCUGAUUUAUUCCCCCCAACACCCCAGCUUUUCACUCAGAUAUUUCAGCUUGUUGGCAUUGUACAGCUCAUGGGCCAGAAAGAUAACCCCACUUUGAAAACAACAGAUGAAGAGCAUAUUGCAAAAGAGGAAAGUGCUGGAAACCCAAAUUGCAAAGUUGCAAUUGUAAUGGGCAAAACCCCAAACUCCUCAGCAUCCAGGUACCAGCAGCACAGUAUGAUCAUUGUUCCCAUGGACACUCCAGGGCUGAAGCUGAUAAGACCCCUCUCAGUGUUUGGCUAUCUGGAUGAAAUCCAUGGAGGACAUUUUGAGAUACACUUCAAUGAUGUGCGAGUACCCAUCUCCAGUAUAAUACUGGGUGAGGGCAGGGGCUUUGAGAUAGCUCAAGGUCGGCUUGGGCCAGGCCGUAUUCAUCACUGCAUGAGGUCCCUUGGUGCGGCUGAAACUGCUUUACAGAUAAUGUGCCAGCGUGCAGGACAGAGGGAGACUUUCGGGAGGAAACUGUAUCACCACGAAAUUGUUGCCCACUGGAUUGCUGAAUGUCGCCUUAGCAUAGAACAGGCUCGACUGCUUACACUAAAAACAGCCAGCAAGAUCGACAUGUUGGGCAACAGAAAAGCAAGAAAAGAGGUAGCCAUGACCAAAGUGGUUGUCCCUCGAGCUGUGCUUAAAGUGAUUGACUGUGCAAUCCAAGUGUGCGGUGGAGCUGGAGUUUCCCAGGAUUUUCCUUUGGCGUCUAUGUUUGCUCAUAUACGGACCUUGCGCCUGGCGGAUGGGCCCGAUGAAGUUCAUCUCUCAACAAUUGCAAGGUGGGAGCUGCUUGAGCAGUCAAAGCAGCUAACUGCGAAAAUCUAAUGUCAGCACAAAGCCAUCACAAAUGGGUGGAAGAUUUAGGAAAGAUUUUUUUCAGUGCAAUAAUGUUGUUUAAGGUAAAAUUGGGUGAAUACAAAAACUUUAUUCUAGCUUGAAGCAAUAUGUAUUCUCUCAUUCUUUACUUGUAAUUAUUAUACU